AUGAUUUUUUGCUCUAAAGUUGACUACGGACUAACCAUUUACGGAAAAUGUGCCAAAUCUAAUUUGAAAACACUAAAUCCAUUCUACCACGCAGCUAUAAGAGCAAGCCUUAAAUGCUUCCGUACCACUCCAAUCAAGAAUAUGAUGACAGAAGGCGGAUUUCACUCCAUCGAAGAACGUAAUGAGAUUUUGACAUCCAGGCUUUUCCCGAAAAUUUACGAAUCUUACUCCUCUCCAAUUCACAAAGACGCAGAUAAGAUCUUGAGACGUAAGAAGACACCCAAACAACCCUCAACUCUUUACAAAGCUCUAACUUUCGGCAAAGACGUCAUUGAAAUCAACCCCGUUGUUAAAAGCAUAAGUAUCGAAAAACACCCUCCUUGGGCGCUUCCUAUGGAUUCUAUUAACACCAGUUUGUCAAAUUACCCGAAGAAUACCACACCUAAUAUAAUAUAUACACAACUAUUCCUUGAUCUCCUGGACAGAUAUUCCAAUCAUCUUUGGAAUAUACUUUACACCGACGGCUCCAAAAACAGUGAGGGAACCGGAUUUGCAGUUGUUGACAAAGAUAGCCAGAUUGUUUCUGGUGAGAAGCUUCCAUCAUACUUUUCAAUAUUCUCAACAGAAGCCUUAGCUAUACUCAAAGCUACUAAACUUGCAAUUUCAUCGAAAAAGAAAACCGUAAUCUUUACAGAUAGUCUUUCUACGCUAACCGCUAUAAAAAAUAUUAAACACCGCUCACCAUAUAUUAACAAAAUUCGUGAUAACAUUAUAUCCCAAGGAGCAAAAUUACAACUUAUCUGGAUCCCGGGACAUGCCGGGAUUAAAGGUAACGAAGCAGCAGACCGUCUAGCGAAAUCCAUCUCCAUAUGUCCCAAUACAAAUAUAAGCCAACAACGUCCUCUCAAAAAAGACCUAAUGAAAAUUAUAGACACACAUUGGCGCCAUAAGAAAAAACAGGACUGGAACGCUUACAUCCACCACUAUGCCACAAUUAACCCAGAAGGUAUUCCUGCGUUGUAUCCUUCUAAUACAACGGCAAAAAUGAACAAGUGCUUCCUGCGCUUGAGACUUGGACACACCUGGUUAACGAACAGCUACUUACUGAAAAACGAACCUCCUCCCACUUGCCACAUUUGUCAAUCAAACAGCAUUAUUUCAAUAAAUCAUUUAACUUCGGAAUGUACUAAAAUUAAACACAUUUUUGAAAAAUUAUACAAUAAGACAUUUACUAACCUACUUUCAAUCCCAUCAGAGGAUAAUAUAAAAAAUGUAUUUAAAGUAUUGCAAGAUCUCAAACUCGAUACAUGUAUAUAA